AAAACCGAGAGAGAGAAAGAAAGAAAACAAAUAAUGUCGACUAUCACAGUUCCGGCACAUGCUACUUCCAUCACCGAUGAUGUUGAACAGCUUCGUAAAGCCUUCUCAGGAUGGGGAACAAAUGAGGGUUUGAUCAUUUCAAUCUUGUCUCACCGAAACGCUGAACAACGAAAAAAAAUCCGAGAAACUUAUGCUGCAACCUACAAUGAAGAUCUCCUUAAAUCGCUCGAUAAAGAGCUCUCGAAUGACUUUGAGAGGUUGGUUCAUCUUUGGGCUCUCGGUCCAUGUGAUAGCGAUGCGUAUUUGGUGAACGAGGCGACAAAGAGAUGGACUAAAAGUAAUCAAGUUCUUGUGGAGAUUGCUUGUACUAGAUCUGCUCAUGAUCUGCUUCUUGCAAAGCAAGCCUAUCAUGCUACUUACAAGAGAUCCAUGGAAGAGGAUAUUGCAUAUCACACAACUGGCGACUUCCGAAAGCUGCUGUUGCCGAUAGUGGGCACAUACCGUUAUGAGGGGACUGAAGUGAACAUGACUCUUGCCAAAACCGAAGCCAAGUUGCUCAACCAGAAAAUCUGUGACAAAUGUUACAACGAUGAUGAUCUUAUCAGAAUCCUCGCCACGAGAAGCAAAGUACAGAUCAAUGCAACACUCAACCAAUACAAGAAUCAGUUUGGAAAAGAUAUCAACAAGGAUUUGAAAGAAGAUCCAAAGGACGAGUACCUUUCAUUACUGAGAGCGACCAUCAAGUGCUUAACAUACCCUGAGAAGUACUUUGAGAAGGUAAUCAGGCUAUCAAUCAACAAAACAGGAACUGAUGAAGGUGCACUCACACGUGUUGUUGCUACACGAGCUGAGGUUGACAUGAAAACCAUCAAAGAAGAGUAUCAGAGGAGGAACAGUGUCCCUCUAGACAAGGCAAUUGCCAAGGACACUAGAGGAGAUUAUGAAGACAUGCUCUUGUCUCUCAUAGGUUGUGCCGAUGCUUAGAACUGCAAUUUGAAAGCGGUCUGGUGGUCUAUGGUACAUUUUGAUUUGAGUUUUUUUUUUCAGUUUGUGUGAGAAUGUAAUGUGGUGAUAACGUUUUGGAUGUGUUUUCGUGUUUUAUGUGAACUAUCGUGCUAAUAAAGUCGGAUGAUCUUUCCGUUGAGUA